GGGAACGUCGUAGCAGAAGGUCGGCGACGAGGAACAGUUCUCAGAUUUGCGCAGAUUAGAUUAAAUGUCCUUGUCGUUUAGCUUGGCCCAUGUAGUUAUCCUGAGACACCCAUGUCGCAAUUUUCGAGGGAAUCGGGUGUUGACCUAAACUUCGACGAAAUCAUGGCAUCAUCAUCGAGUCUUCAGGACCACAAUCUGAAGUCUGCACAUGCAUACAAUCGCAGUGCUACCAGUACAACUCCGAUGUCACCCCAUGCAAGUACGGUCAGGACAGCAAGGCCACAGUUCCCAAGCUACACAAAUUUAAAGCAACAGCUCCAGCGUCACCAAGCUGAGCAGGAAGAGAAGCGCCUUCGGGAAAUUCAGGCAUCGCUUGGGACACCUCCUGCCUCAUCAGCAAUAUGUGUGCCUUCUGUACCUGACCGAUUGCCUCCCGAUAUCCAUGUGCCUAGUGAAGUUCUCCAGGUUGAGUCUCGCCUGGAGAAUCCAACGCGCUACCAUGUAGAGCAGAGCAAGAAACGGCAGGUGCAGCAGUUUCUCAGCAGCCGCACUAUGCUACCACAGGCACAGGUGCACCGUCUUGUUGCACCCAACAGCACUCCAGCAACCUCUGGUUCACCUUUUACACCCUUUAGCCCUGACAGCCCGAGGUCUAACCCACACGGUGGAUCUGGAGCGACGAGCAACUCGGAGUUGGAUUUGGAUGACAUCUCCCACUUUGACACAGAUGACUUCCUCGCAGGACUUGGUGGCCAUGCAACGGUUCCAGGCUCUGUGGUUGACUUUGAAGAUAUCUGGACAGGAGUGAGCAAGAAGAUAUCCUCAUCUUGUCCACCAGAUCUGGCGCUAGUCAAGGAAGAGGACGUAGCCACGCAGGACACGGACAUCAGAGCCUUGGUCAAGGACAGACAGAAGAAGGACAACCACAACAUGAUCGAGCGAAGAAGAAGGUUCAAUAUAAAUGACCGAAUCAAGGAAUUGGGCACACUUCUGCCUAGAAAUAAUGAUAGGCAUUAUGAACUAGUGAGAGACAUUCGUCAGAAUAAAGGAACCAUUCUUAAAGCCACAGUAGAUUAUGUGAGAACGCUUAAAAAGGAAAAUGAUAGGAUCCCUGCUGUGGAGCAACGUUCGCAUCAACUUGAGCAACAAAAUAAGCAAUUGCUACUAAGGAUACAGGAACUGGAAUACCAGCUACAAUCGCAUGGAAUUCCACUUUCCACUCAGACGUGGCACCCAACUACAGACACUCAGCUGAGUGCACUGUUGGGUCAGGACUCAGGUGGCAGGGUUCAGGUCAAGUGUGAUACUGUCGACCUGCUUGACUUUGAAUCUGUCAAGAAUGGAUCCGCCAGUCCAGCCCCAAGUCUAAGCUCUGGACUGAGCUCUGCCCCCAGCGCCAGUCCAGGACAUGCACUUACUCAUUAUGAGGAUAUUAUGGAUGAUGAUCCUGUCACGUGCAGUGGGGACCCCCUACUAUCAUCACACAUUCUUCAAGACUCUCUUUCCUCACCAAUACACAUGGACUACCACACUUAGCGACAAAGUGACUUGCAUUGGGGAUUUCAUAUUUCACUAUAGCAUCCAUCCAUUGAUAGAGUAACUACUCUAGAAUGAUGGCCCCCUCGAGGGAUUGCUGUUACACACACUUUACAGUACGGGCUGUACUUGUGGAAAGUAUGUUACAGAUUGAUAGACAAGGGUGUUAUUUGCUCAUGAAGACCUUCACUUUCAUACCUUGUGCUACCCACAGUAUGAAGUCAGUGCCUUUGGUGAAAUGUGCACAGUUAUCUGUGCAAGAAGUCCUGGUCAGUUUUGUUAUUUUGCCUUUUGCCUCAUAGUGGAGGGCAGUUUUAGUAUUAUGUCUGUCUGUUGCUCAUUAUCACACUUCGAAAUAGUCCUCAUAAGUUGUAAAUGUGAAUCUAAGUCAUUGCACCUUUACGGUGCUUGCCAUGUUGUUCUGUUGGAAGAGAACAUGUUUAGAAAAUAUUUUGCAUUAUUUACUAUUUUUGAACGUCUAGCUACCAAUGGAAGCCUACAUUGAGAUAGUCUGCUGUGUCUGAGUUCCUGUUGUAAAUAUGACAGCUAUAAUGUGUUAGGUAAUGUAAGGAGGAGGAGGUAUGCAAAAUACAUGUAUAACUUAUCGGGCAAUACUGUGGUUAUAUGGUACAACAUGGUACUGCACAGUGCCUGUGUCGCUCUCAAGGGCAGAUUCAAACCCUGGGUUGGGGGGUGUGGGGUUCUGUGUUGAAGCACGUACUGGGGGAAGGGAGACAGGGAAAUCCAAUGUAUAAACUGACGUUUGGGGGCGUUUUCCCCCCCCCGCAUCUGCUACUGGUUGCACUGGAAACCUACAUAAACACCUUUAAGUUGCUGAAUCCCAAAGGAACUGGAGCUGCUCUCACGCUGAUGGUGACAGCCAUUUUGCAUACCUCUCUACAACAGAAGAAAUCACUUGGUGUGUAUAGAAUAUAUUAUUGACAUUAUCCUCAAGGGUAUAAAUUAAUGGGCAUGAUUGUGUAUAACAAGUACUUCACAAAUAUUUACGUGCACCCUGUAGCUUCCAUAAGGAAACCCAGUAUAGAUGCAGCACAGUGAGUGUUCUGGGUAGAGGGGUUUGUGACGUUGUGUAGUUGGUUACAGAAGCAUUUAGACUGAUGCUAUUUUAUUUCUGUGCCAAGCUUAGGUGUAGCUUUUGCAUAUUUAUAUAUUUCCACUAUUAUGUACUUUUUGCUUUCUACUGGCAUAGUCUGCGCAUAACUGCAACCAAACAAGCAUUGGUACUUUUUAGCAUGGUUUAUAGUUCUAGUGCCUUAAAAUUGUGAUUAGUCUGUUGGUGUGCCAUAGAUAGUUACAGUGGCUACAGGGUGUUUCAUGUAAUUUAUUACGAAGGUUUUAAAAAAAAUAAUGCCUUAUACGAGGGUGAAACCAACGGGAUUUGGUUAGCAGUUGCUUAUAAUUAAUUGAGAUUAUGCAGUGUUUUUAGUAUCAAUUUUAGACAGAAAAAAUAGGCAUGUAGUAGGAUGCUCCAGAAACACAAAAUUCAGUUAUGUGUAAUCAAGUACAUUUUAUGCGAUUCAUUUUCCCAUGCUCAGAACAAAAAGGUCAAAAGCAAAAAUCCAAAAUCAAAACAAAGUGCAUGAAAUGUGAAAACAUGCCACUAGACAACAAGAGUUCGGGACUUUUGUGCACCAUGAUACUAGGCGCCUUGAGCGCGCCGUGAAUAAACGAGAUGAGCUGAUAAGCCUGGCUCGGACGUGGAAUGGAGCAGGAGUAUUUGUCGUUUCAUUUACGUGAAACACCCUGUAUAAACCAUGUUCAUAUGUAGAGUACCUUAUGUGCCUUUGUAUAGAAUGUUGCCAUGUCAAGACAUCACUCAGUUGUAGUAGUCAUUGUUCUGUAAAUGGUAGUCAUGUGAUGUCUAGGCAUUCAAUAGAGGCAGUUUUUUUCUUGCACACACUAAUUGCCAUUCCAGGGUAACCAGUUUUCCUGCAAGAGAUAGACAUUUUAUUUUAUGUGAAGUUAUUGGUCGCUUUUGGUAUAUUUUGGCAUACUUUAAAGCUUGCUGGAAGACAAGCUGUGGCUCAACAUUUAUGUGUAACAUUGUGCGUGUACAGGUACAAAGAUAAUUAUGCCAAAAUUUAA